GCAGCAUUCCCCGAGUUCGACAGUCCUCGCGCCCUCGUUUUGUCCAUCGGCCGCUGAAUGCAAUAUAACGCUAUUUAACGUGCUCUGGUUGUUCCCUGUGUUACGCGUGAAGAAGAAAUGACAUCACGUGGCACGGCUAGCGUUCUGUCGUGUCGAAGCAACACGGAAGCGUUGGAACGAGAGCUGUCGAAGCAGCUCUUGAUGCGACGUCGUGAAGCAGCGCCGCGCGCAAUCCGCUGCCGCCGUCAGUUCAGAUGCUGAUAAGAUGGGCAGGACUACGACGCCCAAGCGGUUUCUUGUUUUGUAAAGUGAUGGUGGGACCCUCGCACGCAAGCGGCAUCACUCGCACUGCGGUAGCCGCAUCCUUGGCUGCGCUGUUGCUGUGCUUGUUCGAUGUUGCUUCCGCAUCACCCGGGGAUCAGAGUGCCGAGUACAAGUCGUGUCUACGGCGAUGCCGCGGCAUCAACUGUACGCAGGAGAAGCAAACCACCUUUCGCUCGGGUCAAGCGUGGUAUCUGGCUCUUCUGCUUUGGGACUGUGCUGAUGAGUGCCGUCACGAAUGCAUGUGGCAUGCUGUGGACGUGCUCCAGGCUAACGGCAAGCCCGUGCCCCAGUUUCACGGAAAAUGGCCAUUUUGGAGGUUCUAUGGCAUCCAGGAGCCGGCAUCGGUUAUCUUUUCAAUACUGAAUGGCGUCUGCCACUUAUGGAUGUGGCGCAAGUUCAGGAGACUAGUUCCACCUUCCGCUCCAUUUUAUGCCAUCUGGAAAGGGCAGGCAGUGUUAUCGAUUAAUGCCUGGUUCUGGUCUGCGGUCUUUCAUGCUAGAGACACUCCACUUACUGAGAAGCUUGAUUACUACUGUGCCUUUUCUGUGGUGCUCUACUCACUCUACAGUUUAUGUAUGAGAGUUCUUGGAACUAAAAGCACAUGGCUGUCCAUCUCGGUGACCAUGCCUUUUGCGGCCUUCUUUGUCUACCAUAUCCAGUACUUGAACUUUGUGCAUUUUGACUAUGGGUACAACAUGAAAGCCAAUGUGAUUACAGGUCUGCUCAACUCAAUUGGUUGGCUAGGUUGGUGCUGGCAUUAUCGGCAGCGUGGAUACGUGUGGAAGGGCAUCAUAGUAGUGUUCAUGCUGGAUGCUCUGCUCUUGCUGGAGCUAGGUGACUUCCCUCCAUGGCGCUUCCUGGUUGAUGCCCAUGCCCUUUGGCAUCUGGGCACUGCUCCACUGCCUCUUUUGUGGUACAGGUUUUUGAUUGAUGACAGCCUAUAUGAACUACACAAGAAGAAAAAUGCUGGAAAGGUUGCAAAUGGGCUGCAUGACUGGUUCUUUCUGGGCAAUGAGAGCACAAGGACACCAAAAGAUGUUCAAGAUUAUGGUGAAGAGUUUGCUGCAGGCCAGUGCACAUCUUGCCUGAGCCAUGACGAGUUUCUUAUCAAGGCCAAGGUUCAAGUUACACAGAAUGGCAAUAGCAUUGGAGGAGACUGCCCAAAGUGUGUGUGACAAGCUCGGUGAAUGGCAGCAUACCACUCUUUUAACAACACUGCCUUGUCCACGUCCUUUUUCUUUGCCUCUGCAGUGGUAGUGCAAAAGGAGCAACUUAAACAGAAGCAAGUUAAUUGUUGCAAAGUUAGGUGCAUGUUGUACUGGGACUGUUGGAGAAAAUUUCUGAUAAUGUUUUUCUUGUCAAUGUCGAAAAAUGGCAGCAAGCAAAGUUGUUUGGUUGUGCACCAGACAAAUUGUGUUAACUACAUGGUGCUACAGCAGUGAAGCUCAAAAUAUGGUAUACUAGUAACACACUGCAUGAAAUCUUAUGCUGACAGAUUAAUAAGAGAAGGCAUGUGUAAUUUUUUUCUAGCAAAACAGCAGACAUGCUGUAUUAAAAUGUACAUUUUAAUCUCUCCACAGUGUUUAUACAUACAAAGUACUCUACUCAUGAAUUGAAGUGCAAACAGCAGUGAAUGUUUUUUGUCUGUAAUUGCAUGGAAGUGCAUCAUGGAAUUACUUUAUGGUUGGUUAUAAGCACAGAGUGCUUCAAGUUUUAGAGUCUGAAUUAAGCCACUGUUACAAAUGCAGUUCAAGCGGGAGACCAAUUGGAGAAUUGCAUGGGAGUGUUUUCAUAAUAGUUUGCAUGUGAAUUUAUGAGCACUGUACAGAUUUAGCAAUAUCGUUGUGUGCUUCCUGGUAUAACUUGUAGCAAUUAACUUUCUAAUUGCAUACAAGUAACAAGACUCCAGACAUUUUAAGAAUAAACUAUAGAAAGUAGGGCUGGAUACUUCCAAGUAAUUUUUUGCAGCUUUGGUGGAAAUGACUGCUUACAAAUGUAUUGGUUUUUAAAGAUUGCGAGGAAAAGUAUUUGUAGCCUUUUUAUACUUUAAGUAAUUUGCCCAUAUGGUCUUGCUUCUCAGCUUGAACAUUCCUGGUUUGUAUACAGUUAUUUUUCAGUUUUAAGCUUGGAAUUGCUGCUACUGUCUAGCAAAAAAGUUUUGUGCUAGGAGACACAGACAAGAAACAAAAAGAAAGGAGUACAGGACACAUGAAGUAAUUUGCAUGCCCUUGCAUGCUGUUUCUUUGUCCAGGUUGUCUAGCAAAAAGCUUUUUUUUGCAAUGGAUAACUAACUUGCUCCAGUUGCCACUUUGACUACUGCUGUUUAAUGCUAACUAUAUAAUUCUUGCCAGGUUCUGAGGCAAUGCAUUGAUUAGAUCAUUGCAGAAAAGCAGAACCUUCACUUUGUUUCUUAUAUUAUUGAUACAAUGGUAGACGGGAAAUAUCUGCUUUGCUGAAUGCUAUAGAUGCCAUGUGUGAAACCGAGACAAUCUAGUAAUUUUCACGCCUGAAGAAUGAGUCUUACGGAAAAUAAGUUGCAGACACUUCCAUGAAAGCAUAGUAAUACAAUGUACAGUUAAACUGUAAACAAGAACUAAAUAUGUAGCAGUGCCAACACUUUUUUAUACCAAUUUAUGCAAGAAGCACCCGGAGCUUAGCUGUUAUGACUAACUAAAAUUUUAAGCUAUAGCAAUUUAUUUGGAGAUAUAUGUAAUUAAGAGGUGACCACAGUUUUAUAAAAAGAACAAACAGCACAACGAGGUGACCACAGUUAUAAAAAAAGAACAAACAGCGUAAUGUAUUCAAUCAUAGCAGUUUGUAAUUUGGUUGCAGUACAAAGUACUUUCCAACAUUUAAGCAAUAGCAGAUUCAGUCUGCAUACAAAUGUACUUCACACACACUAAUUACUAACUGAAUCUACUCGUUCCAUGAUAACCAAAGAGGUUUGUGUCUUUAUGUAGGUUGGCCAGACAUCCUAUUAUCCAAACAUCAUGCAACAUCUGUAUGCCUAUAGUCUUGUUAAACAAGCUUUAUUUUUUAAUUUAUUUGAUGUAUUGUAUAGAUCCUUAACUCUGUCAAAUUGAGUGAGUAAUAUAAAUCUGAGUCGAGCAUCCCAACAUGUGAAACCUGCCUCAAGGUUCGCACAUUAAGUAUCAAUUUGUAAUUAAAUGUUAAUGCAGUUACAAGUAAUAGCUGUAUUUGGAAAUAACAGUGCUGUAAUCAUUGGCUACAAGUCAUUCUUUCUGAUAGUAAUGUUCUAUGCUUGAAAGCAAGCAAGCUGUACUUCAGUUAUGGCUUCACAUGCUGCAAAACUAUCUAGCAUAAUAUGAUGUUACCACGGACAUAACAUGACUACCACAUUAGAUAGUAUCUCUGCACUAGUGCGCUCAGUUUAGUGAACUGGGGGUUUGUCAUUUGUCAAGUGUUAUUGCAGUUUCAGUGAUUAUUGUUGCUUCCACUAACUUCUCUUGCCUUCCAGAAGCAUUUGGAACCAUCAACAUAUUUUUUUAAAUAUACUUCGAUUUAUCUGAUAGAAUAUGCUUUAACAAUUAUCCAAUUUUUCAAAUUAACUGUAAUAGUAGCAGGAGCAGCUCAUUGUUCUGACUUAACUAAAAUUAUCUGUAUGUCUGCCACUUAUCUGUCACAUGACUAGGUAAGAUACUCAGAAACUGUAUCCUUGAUACCAGAGCUAAACACCCCUGAAGAGUGUAUCUUGGGGCUAGUGUAGGAUACAAGCUCAAAAUUAAAAGAUGAUAGCAUUGCCAAUAAUUUAGUUUUCUUUAUAUACUUAGAUACAUUCAUAUUCAAUCACUAAGCAAGGGUACUGCAAAGCAGAGAUUUGUUUCUGAGGAACUUUCGAAACCGUUAUUAGUGGAAUAUCAAGGGGCUAAUUGGUUUAAUCUAAUGGCCAAUUACUAAAUGCACACGUGUGCUUUAUCUUUCUGUGCAACUCAUUAUGUGUGGUGUCCUAUUUCCUAUCUUUUGCAUUUAGUUAAAGGGGAGAUUAGACAUUAAGUGCUUGAUUAAAGUACCCCAGCGGAAUGAGAUUGACUCUUUUGGUCACACUGCUUUUGUGCCAGUUAAAGGACAUCAGUGCUGCUUUUGCUAAGCAGUUAACCUUUCGUUGCGGUCUUAUGUGGUAGAAUGGGGGCAGCAAGACUUGAAACAAAAUAAAAUUACACUUUUAUUGGACCUUCAUGUAUGCUAGGCUUAUGAAAUUCUUCCACACAUUUUCUUCUGUGUGGAUUAUGUCCAAGACAGACAUUUGAAACAUUUUAAUUUUGUGAAUGUGACUGCCAGAAAGGCCAUUUCAACGGCUUUGUAAGAACAAUGAACAGAAUAGCUUUUGUCGCAGUUGAAGAACACCUUAACCAUGAGAGGUGUCACUUGUUACCAGACUGAGUGACAGAAAAAACUCUGUGCCGACGAGUGCAUUGCACUUGCUGCAUGGAAAAGAGCAUUGCAAACGCAAAAAGAUGUAGUGAAAUGAAAAGUGGCAUCGCGACACAGAAACGUCUGCAAGAUGAGCACUGUGUCUUGUCUUUUUAUCAUGUAUACUGAAAAAAAUCAACCGAACAACCAAAACACACACUUAUAUUGAUGCGCUGAACAUUUUCUCAUUGUUUCUAGUUGUUUAGUCUUACACAUAAUGUGUACUCUUAGUUUCUUGUUCUCAUGGUCACCAUUUUUUGCCAAGACAGGAUAUUUGUGAAUUAAUGGAAAGAGCUCUUUAAAUGCUGCAUCUGCUUAUUAGCAGAAAAGUCAACUAUUUUUGGCUUAGUAGGCAAAAUAUGCUCCCUGGCUCAUUGUCUGAAAUACUGUCCAUCUCUGACAUGUGGUGACAGCACCUUGUUCCUUCAUUUUUAAAUUUGCAGUUUGUAUUAAAGAUGUCACCUUUAAAAAGCAGGUAAAAUCUUAUGUAAAUAUAAGUUAGCAGGCUGUUUAAAACAAGAAUACAAGUCACUUAAUGCACCAUAAUGAAUUAUUAUUUAACAAUAUUUGAAAAGAAGUUAGUAAGGAUUGGUAUCCCAUUAUCAUGUUCACAUAUUACACUAAGAAAUUUAAAAGUUGGAUUCAAUUUUUUAGCCCACUUGUCGUCAUUCACUGGCUGAAUGUUUGUCAGUCACUUACAGAAACUCUUGUCAAAGUGUUCAUGAAACUGUCAUGCCGUUCUGGCCUAACUUUUUAUCAUUCCAAAUACGCCUCCUGUGAAGCUUAAUUUUUUAUUUUUUCAAGUCGCCAAAUUGUGUCUUUUUGUUGUUUUGAGUUUUUAAAAAGUUGUAGUAUUUAUACAUAAAUCAGUUGAGAGGCAAAUAAUCUUUUAAAGGGGCCCUGCAGCACCUUUACAAGUAGCCUUGGAACGGCUUCACUAAAGGAGCUUAUUGAAUCGACCGCCGCAAAAAUUUUUGGGAUCCGUCCGGUACGAGCAAAAUUACAAAGAUUAGUCGCACGCUGUUAUUGCUUUCUCUCUUCUCUCGGCCUGACGAAAGCGCUGGAAGCUAAGCAGGGAGGGGUGGCACAGGGGAAGAAGGUACGUCACAUGCGCCUCGUGACCUUGAGCAUUUUUCUUUCUUUUUUUUUUUUUUCUUCGUACACACAGCGUCCUUUCAGUGCGAUUACGCGCAGGCAAGUGGCGGCCUCCCAUGGCAGUCGCAGUAACUACCAAGCGCACCAUGUUUAAAUCAGCCAAUGGUGUGGAACUUGAGUCAAUAGCAUCAUUUGUCGAGAGAAGAGGAAGCGAUUUUUUGCUGACUUUGAGAAUUUAUUGUAAAUCCCAGGCCGCGUGCUGCGCUAUAAUGUUUGUCUCCCGUGUUCUCGGGAGCCUCAAUUACCGAUCAGCAGCAUUUUCUGACCAUGCUGGAGAAGUGUUGCAGGGCCCCUUUAAGGUAACACUUCUUGUAUAUACCCUAUGUGAUAGAUAUAACAAAAAGAAAUACUGGACAAGUUGCAUGGAGCUCAUAAAAAGAUAUGGCAGCUAAUGAAUGUUACCAACAAAACAAAGUUGUAAAGAAUCCCAGGGAACAACACUCAAACCUCAUUAUAAAAAAGUCACAUAUGCCACGAAAAUAACUUCGUUAUAUCCGAAAAUUCGUUAUAAACGUUUACUCACAACACUAUAUUGACAAGACUAUUCCUCAUUUACUUCGUUAUAACCGAUAAUUCGUUAUAUCCGUGUUCGUUAUAUCGAGGUUUGAGUGAAUAUUGAUUAAUAGCGGUGAGUGAAGAGAGGGAUUGCAAAUAAAUAUUAAUAUUUAAGAAAAAAACAAAAGCUUUCAUGUAUUAGGUUGUACCAAAUAUUUUUGCACGUCUAAAACAGAAAAUUUGUGUCAGGGUAAAAGUUGAGACAGAACAGAAGUGCCGAUUUUCUUCUCCAAAUGUGACACCAUUAGCAAAUGCUAGCCUACUGCACUGGGCAGCUUUCAAAAUAAGCAAAACACCUGAUCAUUGUAAAUUGCCUGAUUAUUACACUGACAGCAGUUGAACAAAGGAACAUUGUGCAAGUGUAUCUGCAUUAAAACAUUGAGCUUGCUACCUGGUGUGGUAACUAUGCAACUUGGACCUUUCUUAUUUGGAAAAUAAGAUGAAUAUUUUUACGAUUUCAUGCAUCACAUAAAUAAUGCAGGUAUGCUGAAUUGCAGCAAGAGAACAAAACUUGAUAUAAAUGAUGGUUAACAAGUUAAUAAGCAGCUGAAAUACAAAGCACUUUUCUUUCAUGUUAAUGGUAGAAAUAAGAAGCUGCUGAACCUUCCUGUAGGAGGUAAUGAUUAUUUACUAGAAAUAAAGACAGAGGCAUUUUUGUGGCCAAGUUGGCUUAAAAAAAGAGUGUUUAAUUCCUCCACUUAAUAGCUUUGGAAUGCACUGCCUUUGUGCAAAUGUGACAGGCAAGAAACUGUGUUAUUGGCUGUGAAAUAUUGAAUUCUGUCAUUCAAAUAUGCACAUUUCAAAUUUUGUCUGGUAUCUCUGCACCCCUGCUGAUGAGUUUUUUCUUCAUACAUUUCUGUAUAACGUGAAUUUUUUUUGUUAGGAUAGGUUUCUGUGCGCAAAAACAAAUUCCCUGAUAUCACUGAAAAUGGGAACUGUGUUCCAAGUUGAAAAUUAAUGUAUGCAGAAAUAUGGAAUUUCAGUGUGUCUUGUGUCUCUUGUAUUGGGGGUAGUUAUAGUAGUGUGGCUGCAGUUUCCAAAAAGAUAACUUGUAGGUCACUAAAACAAUGUAUGAAUUAUGUAUGGUGUGAUGUGCAAACUGAACAAAGCUUUUCAACCUACUUGCACAAUAAUUGCUGUGUUAAGAGCAUAUAAUGGUUGUGCUGGAUCACAAGUUUGCCAUCAUGAGCAAAAGUAGUCCAGGACAAGUUUAGAGGCCAGGCCAACCUACUUAAAAUUUAACAACUGUGAUCUGUGGUGUAGUUUCAACAUUACACUAAGUUUCACAUUUGCUGAGCAAUGAUAGAGCUGAUAUGAAAGAAUGGCAUUAGUAAUGCCUCGGCUGUUGUUUGCUGCAUUGGCAUUCUAGCACAUUUAUUGUUGAGGCUUGCAAGAACGAAAAAGGAAGGAGUAGGCGUGAUACAAUGCGAGUCCUAGGAACAGAUGUGCUGCUGUAACAAAUGUUUUUGGGCUCAUAAAUGGGAGAAUCGUUUAUUCCUGCAUUCUAUCAAGUUGGGGUUGAUUAUGAUUCUGGACCAACAUUUGUGCAAGCAGCAGGUGUAGCAUAACAUCCUGCUUGUGUAUUUUCCCCCCAGAUUUUGGUAUGCCACAUUUGUUUCCUGUACAUGGAUAUGAAUAUUUUUAAGCAGAUUAACUGUUUUGGUUUUCUAUACAGCUUAAAAAUUUUAAAAUUUUUCCUGUGUUAUGUGUAGGUACAUUUUUCCUUGUCAUGACCCUAAAGUUACCCCUUGCAAUAUGUUUGCAUGCAUAUUGAAUAAUCAGUGCAUUUUUAUGACAGUGUGUUUCACUGAAGAUCGCACUUGCUUCUCAAAAUAGAAUUUUUGCUAAAUGUUUCUAAGCUCGUCAAAUUUAUAGUGGAAAGGAUAAGCUGUUCACUGUUUUCACAUGUUGAAAGUGUGAGCGAUCAUGCUUUUGUUAAUUGCCUGUGGCCUCUAAUCUUGACUUGGCGUUUAAAUAUCCCUCUGGCAGGGCAUCAAUGUCCUGAUGACUCCCAGAGAAAUACCAUGUGCCUUGACUGCCUCCAGAGAUCGAUGAUCAUUGUUGGCAUUGAUUUACUAUUCUUGUACUCUACAUUCCGAAGUCUUUGUUAGUCACUGUUUUCAGCAUAUGUGCAGACUUAAGAAUGUGUAUGUAUGCGUUUCUUUCUAGGGUUAGCAAAGCUGCUACUUUUUCAGCCUUUUGUUAUAUCCUGUUCCAUUGUAAAGUGACCCAAAAUGAUGUAAUGCACUACUUUAAAUGUGUAUAUACAAGAAAUCAUGAUCACACCCUUGUUACAGAGGCAGGUCAUGUUCCGGAGGUACUUUUCUUGAGAGUGUAAAUUUACGUUGAGCUGUUGUGACUGUGCAUAUUUGUCUAGUCAUCCACUUUCAUAAGUCAUUGUUCAUUCCAUCUUAAACUUCAAUGGAUAGCCAUUCAUGUAGAUUGUAUCGGAUUGCAUACAUGUGCAUAAUGUAUAGGCAUGUGGGUGAUGACAGCUUAUUUUGUAUUUUUCAUGUUUCAAGGUAGCAGUCUGUUAGUGCUUCUUGGUAAGGGUAUUUAGUACAUAUUUAGUCUCUGCUUACCUCAUAUUUUGGACAUUAAUAAAAGCCUUUACACAGA